ACCACUCUAUCUCUUCACCUUCAGCGAAGAAACUCUCUCUCUCUCUCUCUCUCUCUCUCUCUCCGGAUUGUUCAGACAAAAACCCUAAAAACCUCGAGAGAUGGACAGUGGUGCCACUUACCAGAGAUUCCCAAAGGUGAAGAUCCGUGAGCUGAAAGAUGACUACGCCAAGUUCGAGCUUCGUGACACCGAUGUCUCCAUGGCGAACGCUCUCCGUCGCGUUAUGAUCUCCGAGGUCCCCACGGUCGCAAUCGAUCUGGUCGAAAUCGAGGUUAAUUCCUCUGUUCUCAACGAUGAGUUCAUUGCUCAUCGGUUAGGUCUCAUCCCUCUCACCAGCGAGCGUGCGAUGAGCAUGCGCUUCUCUCGAGACUGCGAUGCUUGCGACGGAGACGGACAGUGCGAGUUUUGCUCUGUUGAGUUUCGCCUUAGCGCUAAAUGUGUCACUGACCAAACCCUAGAUGUUACUAGUAAGGAUCUGUACAGCGCUGAUCCUACUGUUACUCCUGUUGAUUUCGGUGAUUCAUCUGGAGCUGAUUCAAGCGAGCAAAGAGGAAUCAUCAUAGUGAAACUGAGACGUGGACAAGAACUGAAGCUUAGGGCGAUAGCGAGGAAAGGAAUCGGGAAAGAUCACGCUAAAUGGUCUCCUGCAGCCACUGUUACGUUCAUGUAUGAGCCUGACAUUAUCAUCAAUGAAGAUAUGAUGGACACUUUGACGGACGACGAAAAGAUUGACUUGAUUGAGAGCAGCCCGACCAAAGUUUUUGACUUUGAUGCUGUCACCAGACAGGUUGUGGUGGUUGAUCCAGAAGCAUACACUUACGAUGAAGAAGUGAUCAAGAAAGCAGAAGCCAUGGGGAAACAAGGGCUCAUUGAGAUCCGUCCGAAAGAUGACAGUUUCAUAUUCACUGUUGAAUCCACAGGUGCAGUGAAGGCUUCGCAGCUGGUACUGAAUGCCAUAGAUCUCCUGAAGCAGAAGCUCGAUGCAGUCCGUCUCUCAGACGACACUGUUGAAGCUGAUGAUCAGUUUGGCGAACUAGGUGCACAUAUGCGUGGAGGAUGAGCGUGUGGUUCAUUUGGGCUCCAUGUUUUUCCCGGUUUGUUUCGGGUUUGAGUUUAUGUUUGGACCAGGGCAAUCUAUUUUACCGUAGCGGGACACUCUUCUUAGAUAACUACUUAGGAAGCAUGUGGUCUUCUGUUUUGGCCCCUGCAAACUGAUCCCUUCUUAAAUCUUGUUAUUAUGUGCUUCAGACUAAAGUUUAUUCUUGCUCCAUGUGUUUAUCACAUGACAUGACCCGGCUA